GCCGCAGCCCUGUCCUGAGGUUGUGAGCGUGGCCUGCUGGACAGAGGAGCCUGAGUCUGCAGUGGGCCCCUUUUGUUCUUCCUUCCCCUCAGGUAGCCUUUCUCCCCCCACCAGCCACUCCUGGGGUGGCCUCCCCUUUCCAGUGUUUUUUAUUCCUGUGAGACUCACCCCAAAAUAUUGAAAGUGGCUUUGUAAUUAAAAAAAAAAAGUCUCACCUACGACAAAGAACUCAAAGACAAAAGGCUCAUCUUUCAGAAGUGGGGAAGGGCCCAUACUUUUUGUACCCUGGGUCAUGGGGGUGCCCAGAGGGUCGACCCCCAUGGGCUACGGGGAAAGGGGUGUAGUCAGAGAGCCCUGGGAACUAUGGUUGUGCGGGUUCACUCGCUUCACUAUUGUUCUUUCCCAGGACACUCAACUUCUGAACCUGUCUCUGCAUCUCCUGGGUCUCCUACAUCCGCCUCAUCUCAGCCAGUGAAACAAUGUUGGGAGGGUGCAGGUGCGGGAUGGACCCUAGGGGAACAGAAGCUAUCUGGUUCUUAGGAGCCUCUUCUGGACACUUUGACCUUGGGAAUCCCUUGCCCCUCUCCCCCCGGGCCCCAGGUCAGUGCACCAGUUUCUCUCUGACCAAUGACCAGAGUCCUCCCCAGAUGAGUGAAUUUUCCUGGAAGGAUGUUGCCAAUGCCUUGUCCCUGGCCAACAUGAUCCUGGGGCUCUUCUCCAUCUUCUGCAGCUUCUGCAAGAAAUUCCACUGUGCCUCCUGGAUGCUUCUGAUCAGCUUCCUAUUAGACAUGGUUAUCAGGACAGUGACCAGACACCUCAACAUCUGCUGUAAAUCAGGAGCGGAGCUGAAUGACUUUGCUGUCUUCACCACCUGUGGCCUGGCCUCAGCCCUGCUCCUAGGCGUGGAUGGGCCUCUGAAUGGGUUUCUGGCCGUCAUCUAUGUGUUAGCUACUUCUUUCCGCCUGUGUUUUUAUUCAGCGGGCACUCCCUUCACAUACAAGGGUCUACCCUGCCCCUAUGCUUCCUGUGUUUUGGCCUCCACCUCCCUUCUGACCAAAGGCAACACGUUCAUUCUCUCUUGCAUGGCCUCACUUAUGAUUCUAUUCAUGAUGGACCAGAGCUACUACCCGCAUGACGAAAUCCUGGACUCCGAGACCUGGAAGAAAGUGGUUUAUCUGGGAGGUGUCAUCAUGCUGUUUCUGUCUCCAUUCUCGCUAACUGCUUUUUACUGCUUGAUGUGGUCACUCUCUUACAUUUUCUUUCCAGACGCUCUGUGGGGCAAGGGCGUGUGUCUUAGGCUGCAGCACUUAAGAAACUAAAUAGCUCUACCCAUUCCCGCUACCUCUGUGGGGUUUGUGGCAGCCUGCUGGGCCAACCUUGCCUUAUCCUCACUAAAUCUUUCCCUGUCCCUAUGUUGUGCUUGUGGUAGGUGCAUGUCACCUCGACCAGAACAGCCCACAGUAGGACCAGCGACCUUCCCUUCUUCUCCUUUAUUCAGGGGUCUGAAUCCCUUGAGAGGACAACAGUUGUUUACAUCAGAUGGAACAGAGUUUUUUCCAAGCUUGAAUGGGGCUGUGUUUGAGUUCCAGCUCUUUUUACCUGUUGGGGACCUUGGGCACUAAGGUUAAUAACCCCUUGGAAAGGAGUGAAACCCUUCAGAACUGACAUAGCUGCCACCGUGGCCCUGCUGGUUGUCAAUCACUGCAGUGGUGGGGUGGGGCUCUGCUCACUAAAGCAUGUUUUUCAACUACAGUUGACCUUCAAUAUUAUAUUAGUCUCAGGUGUACAGCACAGUGAUUAGACAUUCAUGUAGCUUACAAAGUGCUCUCCCGAUAAGUCUACUACCCAUCUGGCCCUGUACACAGUUACUACAAUAUUACUGACUGUGUUUCCUGCGUGGUACUUCACAUUGUCGUGACUGUUUUGUAACUGCCCCUUUGUACUUCUUAUCUCUUCACUUAUUUUUACCCAGUCCCCAACCCCCAUCCCCCUGGCAAUCAUCUCUACAUCUGCAUUUGUUUCUGUUUCGUUUGUUCAUUUGUUUUUUAGAUCCCACAUAUAAGUGAAGUCCUAGGGUAUUUGUCUUUCUCUGUCUGACUUAAUCCACUUAGCAUAAUACCAUCUAAAUCUGUCUACCUAUGUUGCUGCAAACGAUAAGAUUUCAUUUUUUAUGGCUGAGUAGUAUUCCAUUGCUUAUAUGUACCACCCACCUUUUCUUUACCCAGUUGUCUAUCCACGGACACUUAGGUUGCUUGCAUAUCUUGGCUACUGAAACUACUGCUGCAGUGAUCCUACAGACUCGCUGCAUGGAGCAGAGCUAGUCACAAGACAAUCAUGUGGCCUAACUUGAACAUGUAUGGGUUAUUGUAACUUAAAAUUCUGUAGUUAUUUCAACAGCCAAAGCAUCUGCCUUUGCUUCAUUUAGAGAUUAGACACAUUGGAAGCUGGAGGGCAUCGUUUGGUCUCUGGGACCUUGUUUUCCCCUAGGCUCUCAAAUACUGAACUCCAAACUCCAGAUAUUCAAAUGCCGCUUCGCGUUCUAACAUCCAAAGGGAACAGAAAUAAACAGUAUUGUAUGGAACCCUAAAGCUGCACCUCAAAAACAACAAACACAUAGGCCCACUGAAAGCAGCAACCCCAGCGUCGUCUGGACUCUCUGCCUCCAGCUGGCCUGCCGAGAACUGCGGGCUGGCCCACCCUCCUCAGCCAGGGCACCCGAGCACCUUUCGCCACAGG